AUGGCAACCGAGUCAAAGCCCCCAUUUCCGCCGUUCACGGCCGAAACUGCCAAGAUCAAAGUCAAGGCCGCGCAAGAUGCGUGGAACACAAAAAAUGCGGAGGCCGUCCAGAUGGCCUACACUCCAGACUCCAUCUGGAGAAACCGCGAUACCUUCCUACAAGGACGCCACGAGAUCGUUGAGUUCUUGAAGAACAAAUGGUCAAGAGAGAAUGGCUAUCGCUUGAGGAAGGAGCUCUUCGCUUUCACGGACAACAAAAUCGCCGUUCAGUUUUGGUACGAGUGGUAUGACAAGUCCGGUCAGUGGUGGCGGACAUACGGUCUUGAAGACUGGACUUUUGCCGACAAUGGCCUCAUGAGGAAGCGGCAGAUGAGCGGGAAUGAUGUGAAAAUUGCGGAAGAAGAGCGUUGGUUCAAGGAAGGUGUCGAUGUCAACGAAGUGUCAAUCAACGAGAAGCACUGGUGA